GAAUUAGAAAUCGCAAAUAGUGAAUUGGAAAUUCAAGAUUCUUUUGAAAAACCUGUUUAUACGGUAUCAACCGAUGAUGACAAUGAUUCUAAUUCUACAAACAAUGAAUUAGAAAUACAAGCAUCAUCUGAAAAACCUGUUUAUACAGUAUCUACUGAUGAUGAUAAUGAUUCUAAUUCAUCAACUAAAAUUCUUUCGAAAGAUAGUGAUGAUUCUAAUUCUUCAAUCAAAGUUCUUUCAAAAAAACGAUUUAAAUCUCGAAGUUCAAAAAGUAAUAAACAUCCAGCAUUGGUGCCCAAAAAUAAUGACGAUAAUAUUAUUGCAAAUAUUGAAGAUCAG